AUGAAUAGCAACAAUGAUACUUCCAAAAAAUUACAACAAAAUCAAAAGAAGAUAGACGAUUUUAACAAUGAUAUUGAUGAGAUUCCAUAUUUAUCACCUAUCCCUCCCAUAACCACAAACAAUCAAGAUGAAUCAUUCGUCGGUAAUAAUUCAGGAAUUCUAUAUAAAGACAUUAUUUUACCAGAUACAGGAUCAAACAUUUCUUCUUUUACACCACGUAGAGAAAGUUUUGCGUUAUCAGAUUCAGAAUCAAAUCGUCCAUCAACUCCGUCAUUAUUAAUACCAUCAAACAUAAGGAGACGAGCAUUUUCUACAUCUUCAAGGCCAAAAGAUAGAUAUUCAAUGCAUGAACUUGGAUCUAAAAUUGAUGAUAAUAGUCUUACUAGAAAAUUUUUAUCACCAACAAGACACAGUAUGGCAUUUGAUAAUAGAUUUGGUAUUAAUAAUACAAUAGUGGGAAAGAAUUCAUUGGAGGAUCGUGAAUGGAAUAUAGAUCGUGAGAGAAUUGGUAACGCUGGUAAAGGUUUUGGGAAUUUAAUUAAUGAUGAAAGUGGAAAAGGAUCUAUUGCUGAUUUAAUCGCUGAUGUAAAAGAUGAGGAUGCUGUCGAAUUAGCAUUGAUUACUCAAAGAAACGCGGAUCAAAAAAAUCGAAUACAUCUUACUGAAAUGGACAUUGAGAAAUAUAAUACAAGAAAAGAGGAAACAACUUUAUCUAAUUCCAGAAUGUGUAAACAAUUUCUUGGUAAUAAAUAUCAUGUAUUAUUCAAAAUAAUUAAUAAUAACGGAAUAUAUAAUCCUUUACAAAUUAUUAAAAAUAGAAAGAUUGAUAUCGAAAGUGAGGGGUCGGUUCAUAGUAAGAGAUCAAGUGAUAAAUCUAGAGGAAGUAGUAACAGAUUAAUUUCGAAUAGAAUGAAACUGCGUAGAUCUUUACUAAGUCACAAAGAAACGAGGAUUUGGGAUGUAUCUCAUAUGGAAGCAAUUAAGGACUAUGAACAAAUAAAUAAAUUCGAUCAAGUUCACCUUAAUAAACUAAUGAGUCGUAAUAAUGGAUAUGAAAUUAAUAGUGAAGUUGGUGUAAAUUUUAAUAAUCAAGUGGCGUCUGAACCAGAUGAAAAUAAAAAACGAUUGCGAUUAUCACAAAUAUUUAUUCCUCCUACAACACAGGAAAUGCAAGCUAUGAGCUCACAGGGGAAUAUCAGAAGUAAUAGCGAACAAUCGAAAAAGACAACCCAUUAUAGAGCUUUGAGUAUGAAUAAUAUAGCAGCUGCACCCCAAGGAAAGGAAGAAUCUCAUGGUAAAUCAAAAAGAUGGUCAAUACAUUUGUUCAAACGAAAAGAUAAGAAACAUAAAAAUGAACCAAGUUCAUCCAAUGUUGGAAUUAUACAGGAAGCACCUGACUAUUCCUUAACAUCGCAAAUGAAAUCAAAAAGUUCAUCUGAUUCAUCUUCAGGUGAUCAAACUUACCGUAAUUCAAUGGAAGAUGGCAGAUUCUCAUCUGAGAAAAGCAAAGAUCCACUGCAACAAGAAGAUGAAACAGAUAAAACGUAUGAUGAGGAAAUAUAUUAUAAUUCUGGAGUUAAGCGUGAAAAAUUUAUGUCGAAAUUAUCUGGAGAUAAGCAAAAUGAUCGAUUUCUCAUUGACGAUUGGUCAGAUAUUGCACAAAAUCGAUGCGAUUCUGAAGACACCGAUAACAGCAACCAUUCAUCAACCAUACAUUCGGUAGAUCUUGAAUCGGAUGUGGUUGUCAAUGAUGCGAUUGAUUCUUCAAGACGAAAUACUGGUGGAUAUUUAAACGUCGAGGAUCAUUAUGGUAAAUUUCUUGGAGAUGAACAACUUGUUGACAAUCGUUCAUCAAGUGAGAACAAAACUGCCGAAGAUAGUACAGAAUCAGAAGUUGAAUAUGAUGAAGAAUUUGUUGGUGAGACAGUCCUUGUUAAUCUUGAUAUAUUACCACAGGAGCUCGUAGAUUUAGUGGCCGAACAAGACAUUGUCGUUUGUAAUACCAAAAAUGGAAACUUCGUUGAGUUGGAUGUCGGAUUAAAUGAACUUUUCAAAUUUCGUAAAUUAAUUGGAUGUGGUGUUGACUUGUUGGAUCUUCAGAUAUCACUUGUAUAUGAUGAUCCCGAAGACAGCAGAAGUCUAAACCAUCAAGAUGCGGAUAAAGUAAUUAAAGAAUAUGAUGAACGUAUUGAGGAGACAACUAAAUUUUUAGAAGAUAAUAAGGUGUUACUUGCCGAGAGAGACGAUGUUAUUAAUAAAUAUAAUUAUAUAUCAAAUAAAUCUUGUACAUUUGAACUCUUUGACAUUCCUUUUGUCCUUUCACCAAUAUCGAAUAUUCAAACAUUUACUUUUGAUAAUAAUAAUCGACUCAAUUCAUCACCUUCUCGAUCGAUAAUGGCUGAAUGUAAGAUGAACAUUGAUGAAGGAAUUGAAUUAUUGAGCGAUAGACUAGUCAAAAUUGAAAACACGAUGAAUAAGCUAGUAAAACAACAUUUGAAAAUUCUUGAAGAUGAAAUCCAUCUUUUAAUAGCUGAAAAAGGAAAAUCCCCUUGGAUAGAUGUAUUUUAUUUGAUGAUGAGUUAUGUGAUAGCGGGUAUUAUGUUUAUGUUCUGGUUUAUUGUUGCCUGCGGAAAAUUAUCCAAGAAGAUAUCAUUAUUUCCUCGUAGAAUGUGGAAAUCAGUUCGUCGAAAUAUUGCAUAA